AUAUUGUCAAAAUUAUGCUGCAGUAAACAGAUGAAAUAAUACACUUCAGUUUUGUUCAAUUUUUACUCUAAAGCUUGUUUAUGUACCAUUAACAAUUCUUUUUUCUUGUGAAAUAAUUAGAAAUAUUUGUAUCAUCUCCAAAUAAUAAUCCAACGAAACAAGCAGAGUUGUACGUAAGUGAUAACAAACAGUAAAACAAAAUCUUCAUAAAUAAGAAAUUUUGGUAGAAAAAAGUAAUUAGCUGUACGCAAAAAUGCCGGACACAAUGGACGAGGAUAUGUCUAUGUCAGUUCGCCUGACAAAUGAUGAUUUUAGAAAGCUUCUAAUGACACCAAGACCAUCAGCACCAUCAGUAACUCCAGCUACGGUACCAAACACAGUAAGAGAUACUGCUGCUAAAACAGCUCAAACUCCUUCUAUUUCUGGUGGUUCUCGUGCUGAGUUGAGGCGUAAAAAGAAAAGUUUCUAUGCUAAAUUGAAGAAACAAGAAGAAGAUAAAAUGGCUGAAUUAGCUGAAAAAUACAGAGAUCGUGCACGAGAAAGAAGAGACGGUACCAAUGGCGAUUAUCAAACUGAAGAUCCAAUGAACAAUGCUAGUGCCUAUCGUGCUGUUGCACCUGAUUUAAAAUCUGGUAUGGAUGCUGCAGAACGUAGAAGACAAAUGAUUCAACAAUCAAAAUUCUUGGGUGGUGAUAUGGAACAUACUCAUUUAGUAAAAGGAUUAGAUUAUGCUCUUCUUCAAAAAGUACGAAGUGAGAUAGAGGCAAAAGAAACGGAGCAAGAGCAAGAAAUGGAAAAACUUGUAAAACCCAAAGAAAAACCUAAAGAAAAAAAAGAAGUCGAAAAGAAAAAUGAUGAAACAUUAUUUAAAACUAAAAUUGGCCGAAAUAUUCAUAAAACAAUCAUGAUUAUGAAAUCUAAAACAGUAGAGCGAAAUGAACUUUUCACACCAGGACGAAUGGCAUACGUUAUUGAAUUAGAUGAUGAAAAUGCUGAUGUUGAUAUUCCUACCACCUUGAUUCGAAGUAAAGCCGAUGUGCCAACAGUUGAUGCAACACCUACGUUAACAACAAAUGAUAUUGUUAUUAAUAAGCUUGCUCAAAUUCUUUCUUACUUACGCCAAGGUAAUAGACAUGGUAAGAAAGGUAAGAAGAAUAAAGAUGGACGUGUUAAAGGUGAUGAAAUGGGUGACAUGGAAUCUUCUGCAAAAGUACCCCAAGACGAUAGUAUAUACGGUGAUAUUGGAGAUUAUGUACCAAAUCUAUCCAAAAAAGAUUCUUCCAAUAAGGAUAAGAAAAAGGGACCUUACUUUAAUAAAUCUCUCGAUACGGCAGUGAAUUCUGAUGAUAAAGCCAAUGUACCACAACUACCAACUAUUUUGAAUAAUGCAGUUGAUAGUAGCGGAAUAGCACAAAAGAAAGGAGUUCUUUUUAAUAAACUUGCUGCUGAACCUGAAGGAUAUGCUGAGUGUUAUCCUGGUUUAGAUGAAAUGCAAGAUGCGAUUGAUGAUUCUGAUGAUGAAGUUGAUUAUACAAAGAUGGAUUUGGGUAACAAGAAAGGACCUAUUGGACGUUGGGACUUUGAUACUCCUGAAGAGUAUAGCGAGUAUAUGAAUAAUAAAGAAGCACUUCCCAAGGCUGCAUUUCAGUACGGUGUUAAAAUGGCUGAUGGUCGUAGAACAAGAAAGUAUAAUAAAGAAAAGAAUGAGAAAGCGGAAUUAGAUCGAGAAUGGCAGAAAAUUCAAAAUAUUAUGAACAAAAGAAAACCAGCAAAUGGAGCUGAUGGUGCUCCAGAAUUUAAAGUUCCCAGGUAUUGAAGAUCUUUAGACAGAGAUGAAUAAUGCAAAUAUAUAUUGUAGAAAAAAAUUUUUAUAGAUGAUAAGAUAAUAAUUUAUGUAUGGAGUAUGUAUUUAACUCAUCGCAUCAACUUUAUUAUUCUCUAAUCAAAUAACAAUUACAUAAAAUUUACUAAACUAUACAUAUACAUAAUAUGUAUGACAAACAUAAUUAUCACAAUAAAUUUUGUUCGUUGUCAUUUUUAUUCGGAGUGAAAUAUAAUAUUUUUA